CUUACGGUGGCGGGAGUCGGAGGCAAAGCCGCGCCGCGUCGUGGAGGGCGCGAACGGCGGCUCCUGCGGAACUCCGGGGCGAUCUUCUCGGCGUUUCCCUCAGCUUGAGCCUUCCCUGUCGGGCCCAGAUGCUCUUCAACUCGGUGGUCCGCCAGCCCCAGCUCGGCGCCCUGCGGAGCGGGAGGUCCUCACGUUACCCUCUGCAGUCCCUUUUACGAGGCUAUCAGUGCAGCUGCAAUGACGAGCACACGUCGUACGGAGACGCGGGCGUCCCUGUCCCUCCCUUUGGGUGCACCUUCUGCACUGCUCCCAGCAUGGAGCACAUCUUAGCGGUUGCUAACGAAGAAGGCUUCGUCAGACUCUAUAACACAGAGUCACAGGCUAGCAAGAAGACAUGCUUCAAGGAGUGGAUGGCUCACUGGAAUGCUGUCUUUGACCUGGCCUGGGUCCCUGGUGAACUUAAACUUGUUACAGCAGCAGGUGAUCAAACAGCCAAAUUCUGGGAUGUAAAAGUUGGUGAGCUGAUGGGAACAUGCAAAGGCCACCAGUGCAGCCUCAAGUCCGUAGCUUUUUCCAAGUUUCAGAAAGCUGUAUUUUGUACAGGUGGGAGAGAUGGCAACAUUAUGAUCUGGGACACCAGGUGCAACAAAAAAGAUGGAUUUUAUAGACAAGUGAAUCAAAUCAGUGGAGCUCACAAUACUGCAGAUAAGCAAACGCCUUCAAAACCCAAGAAGAAACACAAUUCAAAGGGGCUCGCUCCUUCUGUGGAUUCCCAGCAGAGUGUUACUGUGGUCCUCUUUCAGGAUGAGAAUACAUUAGUCUCAGCAGGAGCCGUGGAUGGGAUAAUCAAGGUGUGGGAUUUGCGAAAGAAUUAUACUGCUUAUCGGCAGGAACCCAUGGCAGCUAAGUGUUUCUUGUACCCAGGUUCCAGCACUCGAAAACUAGGAUACUCAAGUUUGGUUUUAGACUCUUCUGGCUCUACUUUAUUUGCUAAUUGCACAGAUGACAAUAUCUAUAUGUUCAAUAUGACUGGCCUCAAGACUUCUCCCGUGGCUGUCUUCAAUGGGCACCAGAACUCAACCUUUUAUGUGAAAUCAAGUCUCAGUCCAGAUGACCAGUUUCUGAUCAGCGGCUCCAGUGAUGAAGCUGCCUACAUUUGGAAGGUUUCCAUGCCCUGGCAUCCUCCGACUGUGCUAUUGGGCCAUUCUCAGGAGGUCACGUCUGUGUGCUGGUGUCCAUCGGACUUCACCAAGAUUGCUACCUGCUCUGAUGAUAACACACUGAAAAUCUGGCGCCUGAGUAGAGGCCUGGAUGAGAAGCCAGGGGGUGAUAAACAUGCAUUGGUGGGCUGGACUUCUCAGAAGAAAAGAGAAGCAAAAGCCAGCUCAGGAACCGAACCAAGUAGCCAGAGCACUCCUGCCAAAGCUCCCAGAGCCAAGAGCAGCCCGUCCACUUCCUCUCCAGCAGCAGCAGCAGCUUGUACUCCAGGCUGUGCUGCUGACCUCCCUCUCCCUUCAAACACCCCUACCUUCUCAGUCAAAACCACUCCUGCCAAGACCCGGUCUCCAGGCAGCAGAAGAGGCUCUGCCUCCUCUGUGUCUCCCAAGCCACUCUCAUCUUUCAAGAUGUCACUUAGAAACUGGGUGACCCGAACACCUUCCUCAUCACCACCCGUCACUCCACCUGCUUCUGAGACAAAGAUCCCAUCUCCAAGAAAAGCCCUCAUUCCUGUGAGCUUGAAGUCGUCACACGCAGAUGCUUGCUCUGAGUCUAGAAAUAGAGUGAAGAGGCGUCUAGACUCAAGCUGUCUGGAGAGUGUGAAACAAAAGUGUGUGAAGAGUUGCAACUGUGUCACUGAGCUGGAUGGCCAAGUGGAGGAGAGUCUUCAUUUGGAUCUCUGCUGCCUCUCUGGCAACCAGGAAGCCCUUAGCAAGGACUCUGCAGGGCCUACCAAGGCAAGCAAGAUGGAAGGCACUGACACAAGCAUCUCAGAGCCUCCUUCUCCUGUUAGUCCUUAUGCUCCCGAGGGCUGUGGACCACUGCCUCUUCCUCUGAGACCUUGUGAGGAAGGGUCUGAAAUGAUAGGCAAAGAGAAUAGCUCCCCAGAGAAUAAGAACUGGUUGUUGGCCAUGGCAGCCAAACGGAAGGCUGAAAAUUCAUCUCCUCGAACUCCAUCAUCCCAGACCCCCAGUUCCAGGAGACAGAGUGGAAAGACAUCACCAGCCCCGGUCACCAUUACUCCCAGCUCCAUGAGGAAGAUCUGCACGUACUUUCGUAGAAAGUCUCAAGAUGACUUCUGUAGUCCUGAGCACUCGACUGAGUUAUAGAUUCUAAUAUGAAAGCUCACUGAACUUGGGUCUAUAAAGAUAAAAAAAGACUGUAUAAUUCUUUUAGGAAAAUGGUCAUCUUUUUAUUUUGGAAAAAAUCCGUCCACUCCUUAGCAGGCCUAGUCAUGUCCCACUCUCUAGUGUAGACGCAACUACCUAGGGUGAGUGCUUUUCCAUUUCAUGUGGUGAUCUCAUCUCAGCCUUUUCUAGCAGUCUGUGGUCAUGACAUCCAGCUCACGGAGGCAGAAAGCAAGGCGUGCCUCUUGUUAUCCUGAAAGGAAUGUGCGUGUACUGUACAGGGUCUGCUAGUCCAGCACACGGUCCAUCUGUGAAGGCCAGUUUGAAGACAUCCUAUAGAAGAUGCCUCAAACAAGCAUGAUCUUAUUUGAAAUUAUAUAUGCUCACUAUACUUUUAUAUCUGUGUUUUUCAAACUGUAUAAAAAUGUGAUGUGUAUGCAUUGAUAUUGUUUCCAUGUUAAAAUACAGUGCCUUGAGUUGAGGUCAUGAUUAUUUUAAAUGCACUGGUCAAUGUCAACUCUUUGG